GAACUCAGUUCGUUAACCGUGAAAUUAAACGAAAAUUAAAGAACUCACAUAAUGAUGUUCGACUCAAAUAAUCUAAGGGUCAAAAUGAAAUAAUCUAUAAAAAUCCUAUAAAAUUUUCUGAUAAUUUAUUGUGAAAGUAAUAAAUAGAAAAUGCUACCGCCAUUGCUGCGCAGAAGCAGGACCAUGAGAUGUCUUCUCACCCAAACAUCAUCACUUUUCUCCAUAAUCCCAUCGAGUUUUCCAGAUUUUAGACAUCACCAUCAGAUUUUGAAUACCCAUUUUUCUCAUCAUCAGCAAACGCAGGGUUUUUGGAGCUUGAAUUCUAAGCCCAGCCCACGUGAAUAUUGUUCGAUUUCCGGCGGUGGCGCGAAAGCAAUGGCGUCGGCGAAAAUUGUAAGGGACCCAGAGUCUGUAUCCUACUUGAAUCAGCGAGAAGCUGCGGAAAUUGAUGAAAUUCUCAUGGGUCCACUUGGGUUCAGCGUGGAUCAGCUCAUGGAAUUGGCUGGUUUGAGCGUGGCCGCUUCAAUUGCUGAGGUGUAUAAGCCAACUGAACAUAAUCGUGUUCUUGCUAUAUGCGGUCCUGGGAAUAAUGGUGGUGAUGGCCUUGUUGCUGCUCGUCAUUUGCAUCACUUCGGAUAUAAACCAGUUAUUUGUUAUCCAAAACGUACAGCUAAGGCUCUUUACAGUGGGCUUGUGACACAGUUAGAGUCGCUGUCCAUUCCUUUCAUAUCAGUGGAAGAUCUUCCAGCGGAUCUAUCAACUAGCUUUGACAUCAUAUUGGAUGCAAUAUUUGGUUUCUCAUUUCACGGCAGCCCAAGGCCCCCUUUUGAUGAUCUGAUACAAAGGCUGGUAGAUUUAGGUAAUCCCUACGAAAAGAAUGAGAAAAAAUCACUUGUCAUAGUCUCGGUUGAUAUUCCAUCUGGAUGGCAUGUUGAAGAAGGUGAUCUCAGUGGCAACGGCAUCAAACCUCACAUGCUUGUCUCCUUAACUGCUCCUAAGUUAUGUGCUAAAAGAUUUUCUGGCCCACACCACUUUCUUGGAGGUAGAUUUGUUCCUCCUUCUAUAGCAGAAAAAUUCAAGCUGGAGCUUCCGGAAUAUCCUGGAACUUCUAUGUGUGUCCGCAUUGGGAAGCCGCCUCGAGUUGAUAUAUCAGCUCUUAGAGAGAACUAUAUUUCUCCCGAGUUCUCUGAGGACCAAGUUGAUGCUAAUCCCUUUGUUCAGUUCCAGAACUGGUUUGAUGAUGCCAUAGCAUCAGGCAUGAAGGAACCAAAUGCAAUGUCCCUUUCCACAACCGGAAAAGAUGGAAAACCCUCAUCUAGAAUGGUAUUGCUGAAAGGAUUCGACCAAGAUGGUUUUGUCUGGUACACGAACUAUGGGAGUCGAAAGGCUCAUCAACUGUCAGAAAAUCCUCAAGCUGCUCUCCUGUUUUACUGGGACGCGUUGAAUCGUCAGGUAAGAAUUGAAGGGCCGGUGCAAAAGGUUUCGGAUGAAGAAUCCGAGCAAUACUUCCACAGUCGUCCCAGAGGUAGCCAGAUUGGAGCAAUAGUUAGCAAACAGAGUACUGUGAUCCCAGGAAGGCAGUUUCUCCACGAGCAACAGGAAAUGCUUGAGGCUAACUACUCAGAUGGAAGCGUGAUUCCAAAGCCCAUAUAUUGGGGAGGGUACAGACUCAAACCCGAGCUGUUCGAGUUUUGGCAAGGACAACCAUCUCGCUUGCAUGAUAGGUUACGUUAUACACCAGAGGAUAUUGAGGGAAAGAGAACCUGGAAAAUCGACAGAUUGUCUCCAUGACUAGUGUUCACAACAUCCUCGUUGUGAAAUAGUAUAAAUUUAUGUUUUGUAUUUGCUUUUUCUGUUUUCUUUUCUUUCUUUUUUUUUCUGAGUUCAACAAUGAAAUAUCCCGUGCAGACCUAAGACCAUCGGUGCAACAAAUUUAUGUUGGCUGCAAUGUUUGAUUGAACAGCUUUUAUACUUGUGAAAUAAUGAUUUCUAGUGCCUUUACCAUGGAAAAGUUUUUUUUCUGUAUCUUAACUAAUGUAACUUUGGGUUUAUAGAAGUGCA